UUGCUUGCAUUGCGUGAUAGCCCACUUGUUAAAAAACCGGACGCUCUACCACCAAUUAGUACCUGGUUUGGUGAGCCGAUCGUAAAAAAAGAGAAAAGAAAUAACUCAGAAAACAUUCAAGAAGAUGAGAAAGGCAAACAAUCUAGUCAAAACUUCGUUGAUGGAUUAAAUAAAUCUAGAGACGAUUUGACUACAUUAGGUAUUCCGAAAAGCCCCUUACUAGGGGUUUCAAAGAGUCCUAACGGAUCGGAGCCGACAUCUCCAAAACCAUCAGAUAAAAUUGUUCUUGGUCCCCCUAAAAUGAAUUUUGCUUCAUCUUCUGUUGGAGGAUUAAAAAACUCGGAAGAUAAACCAAAUCAUGCUAGGACUGGCAG